GCUACGUCUGUUAUCGAAGAAACGAUUUAUAGUUCAGUUCAAGCCGCCCUGGGCUAUUUGUAAAUACGGGCUAUUUGUAAAUAAAAGCGAGCGAACGACUCCUAGAUAUAUAUACGCUUGUUUUGUAUACGCACUGUCAGCGGCUGGCUGAACAGUUUUCGAGGUUUUGGGUUUUUUUGGGGGGUCAGAAAAGCCCAGGAGGCUACCAUGGAUUUUUAAGGCAGAUAUGCGGCAACACUAAAGCAUCGGCAUGCAUUGCACAAGGCAACAUAAACAGCGAAACUCCAUCUUCACAACUGCCAAGCAGUUGGGCUCAAAUACCGUCCGCGGUAUACCGGCGAGCCAACCUGUGCCUCUCCUCCUCGAUCGAAGGAAGCUAACGCUAACCACCUAGUCGGCUACCAAAUUCGGCUAACCUAAUUCCUUUCAAAUUGAUCCAUCGACUCAUCUGAAUACUAUCUACCAAGAAUGAAGCCUCAAGACAUCGUGGCCGGGAAGACCAGUCUCUGGAUCUUCGGGUACGGGUCAUUGGUGUGGAAACCUGACUUCAAAUACAAGAGGAGCAAGGUCGGUUAUAUCCGCGGCUACAAGAGGCGUUUCUGGCAUGGGGACAACUUCCAUCGCGGGAACGAUGAGUUGCCCGGAAGAGUGGUGACGCUGAUUGAAGCUGAUGACGCGACUACUUGGGGUGUUGCUUUCGAGGUGACAGGCUCUCAGAUAGAGGAAUCUCUGAAGUACCUCAACGUGCGCGAGGGAGUCCGUGGCGGCUACAAAACCAAAGCUGUGGACUUCUUUCCUGAAGGGAAGAACCAAGUUCCAGUGCAGGCCUUGUUGUACAUCGCCACCCCUGACAACCCCUUGUACCUGGGGCCAGCUAGUCCAGAGAAGAUAGGCGCCCAGAUUGCCAUAUGCCGAGGGAAGACGGGCCACAACCUUGAGUACCUUCUCCGGCUGGCGGAGUUCAUGAGGAGGAGUUGUCCACAUGUGGACGACCCCCACCUCUUCUCUAUUGAGGCAGCAGCCCUGGCCAUUCUGCCCUACCUAGUAGCCCGUAACCUUUCGUUCACUACCCUGAAUUAGAUCUUAUACACACUACAUACAGAGGCUUUUCAUCUCAUGCCUGUGAUCAAGUUGAAGUCCUGAUAUACUUGUGUUAAGUAUUAGUGAGACCUGUUGCUGCAGAAACCCAUCCACUCUUAUCAUAAGCCAUUAAAUGCGACUGAAGUAACACAAAAGGGAAGCGUGGGAAACUUAUUUUUUUUAAUUUAUUUAUUAUUCUUAACACGAGCAUGAUUCCAUGUAAAUUUUGAUUGUAAAACCCAGAUGUCAGUUUCAGUCCUCCGAAGUUGUCUCAAUUUUAUUAACCUUUGUCAGUUAAUAUUUCACUUGUACAAAUUGAUGGUGCGUAUUAACUACUUUAAUUUUCACAAUACCAGUUCUUUCCAUUACUUGAAUACAAAUGUAAAAGUAAUAACAGCUCAUCUAUUCACACUUGCUGACAAUUUUUUCUUUUAUUAGUGUUAUUAUUAAUAGACCUUUGUUUUAAAAGGUUUACUGUUUGGUAUUGUUUCCACCCAAUGUAACAACUGAACCUAAUAAAAAGUCAAAAGAAGUGGUGUUUGCAUCCAACUCUGUGAGAUAUUUAGCCCAAUAUAAGUUCUCCAAUGGCCAAUGUAUCAACUGAACCCAAUUAAAAAGUCAAAAGAAGUGGUGUUUGCAUCCAACUCUGUUAGAUAUUUAGCCCAAUAUAAGUUCUCCAAUGUAUCAACUGAACCCAAUAAAAAGUCAAAAGAA